AUGGAGUUGGUGCUUUAUCCACAACAAUUGAAUAAUGCAAUGGCAACGGUGUAUGGUGUAUGCUAUGGCGUGAGAUUGAAGCCAAUGCUUGAUUGUGGCGUGGUUUUCAAGUCCACACCCUCCAAUGGCAAACUUUAUAAGCACCACCUCCCCGUCCCACCUCCAUCCUCAUUCACACCCACUCCUCCCUCUUCAACGUUGUUCAUUUACCAUGGUAUGUACGCUUUGCCACAGCACCAACCGGUUGACUAUCCCAGUUUCAAGCUGGUCAUCGUAGGCGAUGGAGGAACUGGGAAAACUACUUUUGUAAAGAGACACAUAACUGGGGAGUUUGAGAAGAAAUAUGAACCAACCAUUGGUGUGGAGGUUCACCCACUAGACUUCCACACCAACUGUGGAAGAAUUCGCUUUUAUUGCUGGGACACUGCUGGCCAAGAAAAAUUUGGUGGUCUGAGAGAUGGUUACUAUAUUCAUGGCCAGUGUGCUAUCAUUAUGUUCGAUGUAACGGCUCGGUUGACAUACAAGAAUGUUCCUACAUGGCACAGAGAUCUCUGUCGGGUGUGUGAGAACAUACCCAUUGUUCUCUGCGGAAACAAGGUUGAUGUGAAGAAUAGACAGGUCAAAGCAAAGCAGGUUACAUUUCACAGGAAGAAGAAUCUGCAGUACUACGAGAUAUCUGCAAAGAGUAACUACAAUUUCGAAAAACCCUUUUUAUACCUUGCCAAGAAACUUGCAGGGGAUCCGGGCCUGCAUUUUGUGGAGAUGCCUGCCCUUGCUCCCCCGGAUGUAGUCAUUGAUCUAAUAACACAACAAAUGAAUGAAGAAGAGCUAGCUAAGGCGGCUGCUCAGCCUCUUCCAGAUGACGAUGAUGAAGCAUUUGACUAA